AUGGGAUAUCAUCGUCAAUUGAAUGCUUCAUCAAGCGUACGUGUGGAACAAGAAGAUCAACAAGGCCGGACAACGAAAAAAACAAAAAAACACGAUGUUGAUCACGAUAUUCAUCUGGGUUCUGCCAGACAAGCACUAUUGAGUGAAGAAAUAGACUUAGAAGAAUAUCAAAGACUUUGUCGACAUUUAGGAUACAAUUAUUUGGAAAUGUUUAAGAAAACUCGUGAUACGGAUAUUAGCACGGAUGAGGGUGAAGACAGCGAAGGUUGA